AUGUCAAGUUUAGAAGUUUUUCCACAACUUUGUGAAGGGAGUAAGUUUAGUAAUUGGAAGUUCAGGUUAAACAUUUUAUUUGAAGAAAAAGGUAUUGAGUAUUUAUUAAAUGGAAAGAAAGACGAAAAUUUGAAAAAAGAGACGUAUAAAAAGGACGAUGCUAAGGGAAGAUUGAUAAUUAUAAAUUGCUUAAACGAUAAAUUCUUGGAAGUAGUAAAGCCAGCGACCAGCGCAUUAGAAAUGUUGAAACUAUUAAGUGCAGUGUUUGAAAGGAGAAGCACAUUUAACAAAGUGUUACUUAGAAAGAAACUUAUAACUUUAAAACAUCAAUUCUCGAAUAAACUUCAGGAUCAUUUAAUUAACUUUGAAAAUAUAAUUAACGAAUUAGAAGGUGGAGGUGCAAAGAUAGAGGAGUUAGAUAAGGUGGAGCACCUGUUUAUAACACUACCAAAGGAGUAUGAUACCAUAAUAAAAACGUUGGAAUCCCUCGACAAGGAAUUAAAUUUUGAGUUUGUAAAAUGUAGAUUACUCGAUUUAGAAAAUAAAUUAAAAGAAAAUAGUAUUGAGGAGAAAACUGAAAAUAUGUUUAUUACAAACACAGCCAUUAUUUGCUUUAAAUGUAAACAUAGAGGACACAAAUCAUUUCAGUGCAAUUUAAAUAAUAAUAUGACUAAUAACAAUGAUAUGAAGAAUUUUAUCACUCAUAAUAAUAGAGAAAGUAAUAGAGGAAGUGUACUCAACAAUAAAUUUUUUAACAGAGGAUUUAAUAACAAUUAUAAUAGAGGAAGAGGUUAUAAUAAUAAUUAUAUGAAUAGUGGUCACAGAUAUAAUAAUAACUACACGCGUCAAGUAAGAGGUUACAAUAAUAAUUAUAUGAAUAAAGGAAGAGGACGGCACCAUAAUUUUUCUAGACAAGCGAACACCACAGAAGAAUUUAAUUUACAUGAGGAAAAUAAAAGCACAUUUGUGGCAUUAACUUUGGAAAAUGAAUUUAAAGAAAGCAAUGACAUCUUAUUUAUAAUAGACUCUGGGGCAACGCAUCAUUUUAUCCAAGAAAAAUAUGAGAAGUACAUGUAUGACAUUCAAUUACUAGAUGAGCCGAUGAAGAUUAAAAUAGCCAAUGGUCAAUUUUUAAUUGCUAACAAAAAAGGAAAAUUAGAAGGAAUUUACAAGAAUAAAAUUAUAGUUAUCAAUGGAAUAAUAGUACCAGAAAUUUCACAUAAUUUGAUAUCAGUUUCUAAAUUAAUGGAGAAGGGUAUGACAAUAAUAAUUAAACAAGAACAAAUGAAAAUAUAUACUAAUGAUGCACAUAGUAAUACACACCAUAUUUAUAAAGAAGGAAAACUAUUUACUAUGAGGAUGCUAAUCAAACAAAAUGCACAGUGCAAUCAAUCUAUAGACAAAAAUGAUAUUUGGCAUAAAAGACUUGGACAUUUAAAUAGAAAAAGCUUACAAUUAAUGGACUUACCUUUUAGUGAUAAAAUAUGUAAUGAAUGCAUGAUAAACAAAAGUACCAGAAAACCAUUUUAUCCUGUAACAAAACCUCAAUCACAUGCUAUAGGUGAUCUAAUCCACUCUGAUAUAGCAGGUCCAAUGAAAACUACUACCAAUGAAGGAGAAAGAUACUAUCAAACUAUCAUAGACGACUACUCACAUUUUACAUUUACAUAUUUGUUGAAAAAUAAAUCAGAAGCAGCGCAAAAUUUAAUUGAUUACAUAAAAAUAAUAAAAACUGAAAAAGGAAUAAGAGCAUAUUGUUUUUACAGCGAAGAUGAUCCAGUUACAUAUGAUGAAGCUAUAGAAAGGGGUUGGUCAUCAUCAAUUAAUAUGGAAUUAGAUGCAUUAAAAAAAAUGAAUACAUGGAAAGAAACUAAAUUGCCAAAUGGUAAACAACCAAUUGAAGCAAAAUGGAUAUUCAAAACAAAAGAAAAUGGAAUAAAAAAGGCAAGAUUAGUUGCAAAAGGGUUUCAGAUAAAAGAAAAUGAUGAAUUUGGAAACAAUAACUAUACACCAGUAGCAAGAACAUCAACAGUGAGAUUUACCCUAGCAGAAGCAGUGCAAAAUUCAUGGCCAAUAAGACAAUUAGAUGUGCCAACAGCAUACUUAAAUGGAAUAUUAGAAUCAGAAAUAUACUUGAGACCACCGGAAGGAGUAGAAGUUAGUGAUGGAAAUGUUUUAAAGCUGAAUAGAGGAUUAUACGGACUGAGAGAAAGUGGAAAAUGUUGGAACAAGAGAUUAAAUAAUUAUCUUGAAGAAAAAGGUUUUGAAAGAUCGAGAAAUGAUUUCUGUUUAUAUAAAAAUACCAUGAAAAACAUUUGGCUAGUACUCUAUGUAGAUGACAUAUUAAUUACCGGUGACAAAAAUAAUUUGUUAGAAACUAUAAGAAAUUUGAAACAGGAGUUUAAGGCAAAGGAUAUUAGGGAUGGAAAUAACAAGGACAAUCGACACAUUAAAAAUCACACAGAC